AUGCGUUUCCCCGCGCAUCCUUUUCUCAAGUUCGGUCUCUUGCGCAGGCUGAAGUCGACGAUCCUCUUCAGGUAUCAUCUUUGUGGCGGUAGUUUGUUACAAGAAUACCUAACUAACCCCGUGCCUGCACCCUCGCAGAAUGGCAACUACCCAAACCCCCCGGCGAUCAAGCGUCAAUUCCGAGACCCGAACGCCGACUGGUGGGAUAAGCAGGAAAGACGUAACUUCGGGGAGCCUGUUCAUGAAGACAACGAUAUCCUGGGUGUAUUCAGUCCGGAACCGUAUACCCAUGUCACUCCUGGCAAGGCAUUCUUGUCAAUUGGAACCUUUGUCGCUACGUUCUUGGGUCUCUGUGGGGUGGUGAGCUUGCUCUAUCCAGACAAACCAAGUGCUCCCCGGACCUUCCCAGAUGGGCUCGAGAAGGAACUAGGUGGCCCAAAUGCUGUGCGGGCACGCAAACCUGGCGAGGAAAGUUGGUGA